AUGUCCGCGUAUGAGAUUGAAUAUAACGAUGACUAUUGCCGUCAGGUGGCGGAGUACUGGCGUAAAGUGGAGGAAUCCGGAGGUUUCGACAUUGAGGGUCUCAAAGGUAUGCCUGGGUUGGUGUCCUACAACUGUCAAGGUCUUAACGGUCUCACCAUCCCUUUACGUCCCUUUGUCAUCCUUUCUGCUAGGUUGGGUCUUCAACGUUACAAUAUGGACAAGGGGACAAACUUCGACCUCCAUUGUCUAAUCAAAUUCAACAUGGUGCCGAGUCCAGUUUCUACUUACUACAUAACUCUGGCUGCACGCGAUACAGUUACCCGCCGUCCGAUGCAAACCUUUCAGGUUCGAGUUGAUCAAAAUCAACUUGGCCCUUUGGAUAUCACUUGUUCUGUUGCUAGAAUUAAAGGAGAGACCACCGAUAAUAGCCCCUUCAUACCUAUGCAUGGCACUCGUACGGUAUUGCCUGAUUGGCCCUCAGAUGAUGAUGCGUUCAAUGAUAUACAACGCUUUUCCUUUGUGGAGGGAUCAGAGUUGCGAUCUGCUUAUUGGAUUCGUAUGUAUCUGCAACUUGCCGUCUGUGCAAAGUAUAGGAUAUUGAUUCAAGAGACAGAUCUCUGCAAUUUGGAGAUUGUGAAAGUGGCAAUAGAAACUAGUGAUGGAGAUGUGAAUGAGAGACUCAAGGCCAAAAAUGCAAUCUUCUACAUAGCCUUUAAGGGCUUAGCCACCAAUAUAGCUUUUAAGGCAUCAGCCACCGAUGGUGUUCUUGGUAAGCAUGUUGUACGCAAAGCUAUCAUUAAAAGAUCCGUCGAUGAGCGUACAGGAAACUUGUCUCUCCUGGGUGAAUUGGACAAGGAAGAAGAAGAGUUGAAUGCUAUGACUUGGCAAGAAUUCCAUAAGCAAGGUCUGCAGAACAGAAAACGGAUGACUUGUGCAAGGAAGAACAAGAGUUGA